CAUAUGCAGGCAGAGAGUGAAGAAGGCAGGUUUCAGUUUUAUCUUUGGACCAUACUCUAAAAACUGACCACUACGCAACCACAAUGGAAAAGGAAUAUGGCACCAGGAUCCUAGGAAACCCAAGAACACGGCCCAGGAAAAGAUUCUGGCAACAGCAUCUUCUGUGAUUGAUCAGCUGUAGCUGGGGAUGAAGAAGCUAAUAAUAAGCCCAGGUCUCAAUCGCUCUUGGAGAAGAAGUGUGUAUCAAGGGUUAAGACAGCUUAGAUGCAAGCUUCUAUUGUCUCACAACACAGAGAACCAGUUGGUGACAAGAGGCAGAUGCUGAUGAGGGACCAUGUGAGCCUGGAACAGUGAAAGAAGCUUUCUUAUUGUGUGGGAUCUCUGCUUCAAUCAUCAGCUUUUGCCAGUACAAGAAGCAAAUGCUACUAAAAUGAAGACUUGUACCAAGAGCCUAAGAAUUGGUGCAUGGCAUGAAUAUCUUUAUGCCAAGAAGAGCCAACCAGUUGAAGACAUAGCCAAGACUGCAAUAUCUGUAAGUGGAAUUCCUGAAAGGCAAGGAAUCACUGACCCAGAACCCUGGAACUAAGAUGUCAUAACUAGAACAGCACAUUGAAGAUAACUGGCAGGAUCUGGGCGUGUUCAGAAGGGAGCUGCAAAACACAGAAGCAGGUUUCAGCCUCAGCCUCAGCCAGAAAAGCCUUCCAUUUCUGCUGUUCCCUCCCAACCAUUUCCAUCCAAGAAGAAAACAAAAUGUGAUUUGGAUAGGAACUGAAUAAAAGUUCAUUGCCUCUAUCCCUGGGAAAAUGUGUCAAGUACCCACCCUCCUCCUUGCUGCCAUCCUCCAGGCCAGUUGAAAGCAGCAGUUCCUGUGGCCCAUCCUUACUGUAUAUGAGGUGGUUCAGCAUCCACUAUGGCAGAAAUGGAGCACCUGAAUGAACCCAGGCUCCCAGCUCAUGCCAGCCGGAUCCAGAGGAACAUCCUGGAAGAGCACGUGGAGCUAUGGUGGUUCCAGCAGCCCAAGAAGUCCCUUAUUUGCUACGGAGUAGCAGUGGCGUUGAUCCUAGCCUGUGGGGUGGGCGGCAUUGCCCUGCUCUACAGUACUAGCAGUCGCUCUGGAGAGUGGAGGCUGGCAGUGGGCACAACACUCUGCCUGCUGGCACUCUUGGUACUACUGAAGCAGCUGUUGAGCUCUGCCAUCCAGGACAUGAACUGCAUUCACAGACGGGAACAGGUGGAGUUGCUGAAGAGUGGUGGCGCCUCGGACUGUGCCAUGCUUCUGCUGACAGCUUUGGUGCUGCUGGUGUGUGGCACAGUGCUCACAGCCCUCUCUACCACCAGUGUCAGCACUAACCCCACUACCCCGCGCCCCUUUGCCAGCAUGUUUAUCAGUGGUAUUGUGCUCACAGUUGCUGGAGCAAUUAUCCUCCUCAGCCUGUUGUUCUAUUUGACAUGGACCUCCUGCCGUACGUCUACCCGUCAGAAUCAGCGGGCUGAAAACAACAGUGCUAUUUUCACUGUAUCAGGACAUAUUUCAGCCAGCCAGCAAUUUCCUCCUACCUCCAGCAUGGCAAACUUAAUUUAAUCAUCAAGGACAUAAUGGUGACUGCUACUGACUCUGAGAUUACUCGGACUUUAAGGUUGGAUUUGCCCUACAUGCCAUCUGACCCAAACUCAGCAAUGUGAUGAACUUUUCACCACAGAGCAGUUAUUCUUAGUCAGUAUUGAGACCUGGCUUCUUAGCCAGACAUCAGAACCAAUCUGAUGUUCGCUUUGGAGCAUAGGGAGAUUCAGAAGAAGUGUGAAUGAAGGAAAACAAAUGGCUAUCACUCUGUGGUUAUCCUAAGUAACUACGGCAACGUGAACACGCAGAGAAGCAUCUCUCUCUCUCUC